AUGCCGGCCGAGAGGCGUUCCUUGAGAUCGAACAGCAAGUCGGAUAGCUCCUCAUCUGCUAACGGUGACAAGACACACUCUACUUCUCAGAACUCAAGCUCCAACAAAGACAAGGUUGCGCCUACCCGCGCGGCUGCCAACAAGGCUAAAAGCACGAAAGCUGCUUCGUCCAAUAACACUUCGAAUUCCGGUAUGGGUGAACAGCGGGAUCAGCCGCACACCAACGGCUCGGAGCCAAUGGAGAACGGUGUGAAUGGCUCUGAGGAUGUUGAGAUGGGAGAGGAUACGGCAGGUGCGCCUACAUCCUCAUUCAACGCCAGUCAGGACCGGAAAGGUGACGAGAAGAUGACUGUUGUAGUGCCCCCUACCAAGGGUUCGAGGUUAUCCGGCGAUAAAGGUCAGGACCAGGAAGGUGAUGUCGCAAUGGAAGGUGCGGAGGGCGAUGAGAAGCCUGAGCCUGAGGUUGGUCCCAGAGCCAAGGCCAUCCAAGACAUCAAGACCAACUUUACCCUGCUCGAGCGAGCCGUCGCCCAUUUCGACCCCAGAUUCACCCUCCGUGUCUUGCGGUCGAUAUCCUCAAUGCGCAAACAUAUUGCAUCUGAUGUGCUGGCAGAGGUCAUUGUCGAAACUUAUCCCCCAUCAAGCCCCGCGGCAUCCUUCUUACUUGAAGCUAUCGGUGAAACUGGUGCAUUUGAGAGUGUGGUAAAGAUGGACGUCGAAUCGGAGAAAACCAAGUCCAAUCCCAAAGAAAUUUUACCAGAGAUCGAUGCUUAUUUGUCCAUACUCGUCCAGAUCUAUCUUUACGACCAGAAGGAGACUCAGCGAGGCGCUGAGUUUUCAACUAGCUUGAUCGAGCGCCUGCGGUCUAUUAACCGCCGUACUCUUGACUCUCUCGCAGCUCGUGUGUAUUUUUAUUAUUCCCUCUUCUUCGAGCAAAUUGCGCCUCUUCCCCCGUCCCCCACUGCCACGGUUACGACAAUCCGUCAGCCGUUGCUUGCAGCUCUCAGGACAGCUGUGCUUCGCAAAGACGUUGACACCCAAGCCACCGUCAUGACCCUGCUACUGCGCAACUACUUGUCCACGUCUCAUAUCUCCCAGGCGGAUUUGCUUAUCUCCCACAAUCGUUUCCCUCAGUCCGCAUCGAACAAUCAGAUUGCCCGGUACUUGUAUUACUUGGGCCGUAUCCGGGCUAUCCAAUUACAAUACACUGAUGCCCACGGACACCUGAUUGGCGCUACCCGGAAGUCACCCUCAAGCCAUAGUGCGCGUGGGUUCUAUCAAGCUUCUCACAAGUUACUCGUGGUCGUAGAGCUCCUCAUGGGAGACAUCCCUGACCGUGCAAUCUUCCGCCAGCCUGCUCUGGAACGUGCCAUGCACCCUUACUUCUUGCUCGUCCAAGCUGUGGGUGUAGGUGACCUAGACGGCUUUUUGGGCAUUGUAAAUACACACAGCACAACAUUUCGCAAGGAUGGCACGUACACUCUCAUCUUGCGCUUGAGGCAAAACGUUAUCAAGACCGGUAUCCGGAUGAUGUCGCUCUCCUAUUCUCGCAUUUCUCUGCGGGAUAUUUGCCUCCGCCUUGGCUUGGAUAGUGAAGAGUCAGCAGAGUACAUCGUUGCUAAGGCAAUCCGGGACGGUGUGAUCGAGGCCACUUUGGACCAUGAACGAGGAUUCAUGAAGAGUAAGGAAGUUGGAGAUAUAUAUGCAACUAGAGAGCCUGGCGAGGUAUUCCACGAGCGCAUUAGAGCGUGUUUGAGUCUUCAUGAUGAAAGUGUUAAGGCUAUGAGAUUCCCCAUGAACCAGCACCGCUUGGAACUGAAGAGUGCACAAGAGGCUCGGGAACGCGAACGGGAAUUGGCCAAGGAGAUCCAGGACGCUCGAGCAGUUCUGGCCGCUGGUCUCGUCCUCUCAUCACGAGUGCCCUCGACGUCAAUAUGUUGGCAAUGCCUCCGCAAUGAUCUCAUCUCCAUUCAAGCAAAUUCGCAAAGGCGAGCAUAUCAUCCCACCCGUCGGAAAUCCGUUUCUCCGUUUGGCGCCGCCGUCACCGCUGCCCAGACUCUCUUCAAAGGACUUCCAAAAGCUCCUCCGGGGAUCUCAGUCGACCCCUUAAGAAUCGUGGGUAAGGAGCUCAAGUUCUUGACGAAGAAUAUUCGCCAAUUGCUGGGAUCAGGCCACCCUACGUUGGAUAGGGUGGCCAAAUAUUACACAAGGAGCGAGGGUAAGCACAUGCGCCCGCUUCUAGUUUUGCUUAUGUCUAAAGCAACUGCAUUAACUCCUCGGCACGGUCGGCCGAGCUCUACCCCAUCUUAUACUGUGAAUGAUCCUAUUAGCUCUCCAUCGGUACUUGUGGAUAGCAAUCCUGACCUCGAGCCACUCGCAUCUCCUUCCGCAGAAGCUAAAUAUGACUUUACCGGUGACGAAAAUAUCCUGCCUACUCAACGACGGCUUGCCGAAAUCACAGAACUAAUUCACACCGCAUCGCUAUUGCACGAUGAUGUUAUCGAUAAUGCUAUCACUCGCCGGUCAUCUAGCUCUGCUAACCUUCAAUUCGGAAAUAAGAUGGCUGUGCUGGCGGGUGAUUUUCUCCUGGGACGUGCAUCCGUUGCUCUGGCGCGCCUGAGGGACCCUGAAGUCGUUGAGCUGCUGGCGACCGUCAUUGCCAAUCUGGUGGAAGGAGAGUUUAUGCAAUUGAAGAACACCGCCUCCGAUGAGAAGAACCCUGUCUUCACGGAUGAAACCAUCUCCUAUUACCUGCAGAAAACGUACCUGAAGACUGCUAGCUUGAUUAGUAAAUCCUGUCGUGCGGCUGCCUUACUUGGCGACAGCACCCCCGAGGUGGUCGAGGCUGCGUAUUCCUACGGACGCAACCUGGGACUGGCAUUUCAGUUGGUGGACGACAUGCUGGAUUAUUCCGUCAGUGACGCGGAAUUGGGUAAGCCAUCAGGGGCGGAUUUGGAACUGGGUUUGGCAACUGCUCCGCUCCUGUUUGCUUGGAAGGAGAACUCUGAGCUAGGACCGUUGGUUGGCCGGAAAUUCAGUAAGGAAGGCGAUGUGCACAGGGCCCGUGAACUCGUUUAUCAGAGUAACGGUGUUGAAAAGACUCGUCUUUUGGCCCAGGAGUAUGCUGAUAAGGCCAAGGCCGCCAUUGGCGACUUCCCCGACAGUGAAGCCAAGGAUGGUCUUAUGCAAAUGUGUGAAAAGACAAUGAACCGGAGGAAGUAG